CCCAACUCUUUCCAAAAAUUUUAAAAUAGUUUGGAACCAAACGAUUCCAUUUUAAUUCACAUUGCAUUUCCUUUCUCUCCCCCCUCAGUCCCUGGCAGGAAGUUUCAGAGAUCAAUCGCAGAUUUAAUUGGCGAUUCCAUUUGAGCUUUAAACUUCAGCUACUGAAAUGGAAAACGAAGAAGAUGAAAUUUUGAGGAAGCGCAUGAAGCUUGGAAUGGAAGAGAAGGAACAGGAGGUAAGAGAUGGAACAGCGCUGGAGAUUGUAGAAAAGGAAGAGACAGAGACAAACACUCUCGGAUCUGAAGAGAUGGAACUUAAUAUUGCUCACAUUGUUGAGAAGAUUGAACACUUCACUCAAAUGGUAUCUGAGCUACUGGAAUCAGGAAAGGCAAUGUUUAAGGAAAUGAGUAAUGAAUUUGAAGAGCGGUUGAUCAUGAUUCAUAAGGAACAAAUGGAGAAAUGGCAGGAGGAGAUCAAAGAACUGCGGAUGCUUGAUGCCUCAAAUGAGGAGGCCAGUGCAACCCUGCAUAAUGCUAGAUAUUUACUUCAGAACCCUCAAAUUGACUCUUGAAGCAAGAAUACUACCUACUCAUCAUGUGGCUACAUUCAAGAUCUGCAGCGAGAAGCGGUAUGGCGUAUUGGCAAUACUAGUUUGCCAACAAAUAACAGAUGGCACAGUAGGAUAGGUGCAAUUAUAGGCGAGGUCUAUGCAAUGAAGUUUUGGUGUUUCCAUCGUCUACUGCAUUUGGAAGUUGGUUGCAAAUUAUAAGUAUGGGCUCUGAAUACAUUUAUGUAAUGGGUAAUUGAUGUUGUUCUUCUCUUUAAUCUGUAAUACAACACAAAGGACAUCAGUGGGUUGGUAGACAACUUCUUCGAUGUUUAAAUCAGUGUAGGAAUUGAUAAGAGAUCAAUGGAAUAAGUUGAGAUAUGGGUGCUGAAACCUCUUAUAUAGGGCUUUUGAUCUUGUCUUCUGCUAGGUUUAGGAGUUGGUAUCAGAUUAGGACUUGGAGUCCUAGUUAUAUAAGAGUCUUGUAGAUACCAGGACUGGGAUUGCUGUGGAUACCUCGGAUCCUUAUCUUUAGUGAUUAAUUAGGGUCACUGUCGGUUAGUGUCUAAGCUACAUAUGAUAACUCGGACCCUAUCCAAGUAUCCACCUGUCAAUUGGUUACUCAAAAUACCCGCCAGUAACUAUCAUUUUUAAAGCUUGUAGUAUUCGUAAUGUUUUCAGUUGAAGUGAAUGGGUGAAGUUGUCUGCAUUGCCUCCAUGGGUACAAAAUAUGGAUCUAAAUACAAUUGCGAGAUAUCCCACGUGUGGAAAUAUCUAUAAUGUGGUUGCCCACAAAUAUGUCAAAAUAGAAAAAGAUUCUCGCCUACACAAAUUAGAUCCACCUGGAUAUAAUCAUUGGGGAGGAAUUGCUUUCACACAAAGAUGUGCUUCCUAUCGUAACCCUUUUUUGGGCCUUUUUCAUAUUUAAACUAUGUAUUUAAAAAAAAAAAUUGCAUGACUCACCAUUUUUGCAUAGUGUUCUUGUCCUGGUUUUUUGAAGUGUUCAAAAUACUAUGGGUUGGCAUCACAUGUGUUAUGCUAUUGCUUUAAGUUUAUGAAGAUGAAUCUGUAAAAUAAUACAAUUAGUAUAAUUUAAUUUUCUCAUUUGCAAUUCAAUUCAACAAUAUGAACCCAUGUGUGAUUCUUUAAUCUGGCGAGUUGUGAACUCAUUGGGGAUGUCAUCACCCAUGUGAUAAAUCUUGAAGACUCCAUAAGACAUGCCAUAAUAUAUGGCACCC